UCGUAAACUGAAAUAAGGUCUAAAUGUGAUUAUCCCUGGCUUCCGGCGGAAGUCACAAGCCUUUCAAAGUCACGUGAGAAAAACGAGAUCUCGUCCUUGAUUCUCUGGCUUCCGAAGACGCAAGACGUGGAAUUUUGCGUGCUCGUCUUGUGUUUUUCAUCGUGAGCAAUCUUCGAUGGUGUUUCGUCAGUCUUGCUCUUUUUGUGACUUUUCUUCUUGGCUUAACUCUUUUCUUCGGUUUUUUAACCGUCAUGAGAUCGAAUCAUUCAUCGGCUUCGGAUGGCGAGGAUGGAAUUCCUGUUAGCCAAAAGCAUGGACGCCAUGUGCCUGUCAGCCAUGAGGCAACCACGGCCACUGGAACCAGCCAUGAGGCAAACAAUAACCAGAGCCAUGAGGCAGUUGGUGACAAUUGCAGACCUAAGGAUAUUGAUUUGGAGAAUCGAAGCAGGAAACGAAAUAGGAAGGACUGGAAAGGCUUCACAAUUCCAAAACGGGACCAAGCCAAAUCGCGCCAUCGUCAUCGCAAAAGAAGUGACAGUAGCACUAGUAGUUCUCAUUCCGAUAGCUCGUCAUCCAGCUCAAGUAGUGACACUAGUUCGUCAGAAUCGUCAGUUUCGGAAGAUUGUGUUUCCGACAAUCGUACUGUUAGUACUGACAAUCACCUGUAUAAGCGUUUUAAGCCCACAGAUGAUAGGGCUGAACAAGAACUGUCUAACGAACUGCUAGAUUAUGCACAUGAGCAUUUCAACCACUACAUUAAAGAUGAAGUUAUCACCAAGAACUUAUUAGAGGGCUGUCCGACCCCAAAAGGAUUUGUGCUACUAGAGCUUGAUGAAGAAUGGUCAGAUAUGUUGGAAGAAAAAAGAUUUACUGCGGCUAAAUCUGUUGAAGCAGGGUUGGGAAAAAUCCUAUCAAGACUACUCAAUGUGAUGGGACCACUCGGUCAAGUGUGGCAGACAGUGGAUAAAAUCAGAGAUAAAGGUGGUGAAGAGAUUGAUGUGAACGACUUUUUUAAUUUAGUUGAAAAGACUGUUUGUUUGUUGGGACAAGCUAACGUUGCCACUACUUUUUAUAGAAGACUGAACAUUCUAACAAAGCUGAUGAAAAGUCAGAAGAAAGCCCAGAAAUUUCUCUCAAAGAAUGAGAAAAAGUUCAGUGACAAGAAGGCCUUGUUUGGCAAAGGUUUUUACAAGAAAUUGUUAAAGCUGUCCAAGAACAGAAAGAAGAGAUUAGACACUGGGAGACAGUUUUCAGACUACAAAAACAAGAGCCACUAUGGCUUCAAGAGCUCUACUAGAGGGUUUAACAGAGGAAACAGCCGACCCUUUCACAGAGGGCCCUCAUCAAGUUACCAGGGUUACAGAGGUGGGGGCCGUUACAUUACCAACUCUUUCCAGAAGGUGCAAUUCACCAACUCGACUAGAAAGCGAGACGGUGGUGGCAGAGGCAGAGAGUUUUCCAGAGGAAGUUAGAAGAGUUUGCAGACUAUGGAGAAAGAAGGAUCCACUUCGUGUGUUUGUUGCGGUUCUAGUUGGUUUAUGUUCUAUGAAGUGGGAACAUGGUACCUGUGUGUUUGGGUGGAUUGGACCACGGACGUGUUCAAGACAUGGUUUACAAGUUGACUUUGUUGUCUUCGAACUCUGGUGCAGAAUCUGAUACUUGGGCCGAUGUCACAGACAUUCAAAGACGUUCGGUUUUGUUGACUCGGCAUGUACUGUACCAGUAUCUGUUUUCUGUUGAGUAAACUG